CUUUUUCUUCGAUCCACGACACAACGGUACUUUUUUGGGAUCAGAGUCGCUCACACAUACUCACAUAGAACAUACAAACAAAAACACAUCUUUAUUCACAAGAACGUCCAAGAAUCAAGAAGCAAAUAUCACGUCCACCAUGACAUUAUCGUCUUCACUUACAACAGAUUCAGCCAUGUUCAACCCAAUCAAUUUGGAGGCAUCCAUCGGAAGAAUAGAAGACCAUACCAUCAAUGAACGAGCAUGCGAAGCAGAGCAAGUCUCAAGAUCAUCCCCAUCAUCAUMUUUCUCAUCAUCACAGCAUUUGAAGAACGCGAUUCACAUACCGACCACAAAAUCAAGAACUGGCAUCACAAGAACCUCGUCAAGAACGCCGUUUCAGACUGAAGCUGCUGCCAACACGUCUGCGAGGAGCGAUAGCUCAAACAGCUUACUGCCCCAGCCCUACCCCAUCUCUGAAACGGAUCACGAGAUCAAAGAACGAAUGAGACUCACGGAAUCCGUGGACUGGAGCAACAGUUUGGUUAUUGCGAACUCUCCUCCGAAAAAUACAGAGAGCGUAAUCAUCGAAGCAACCGAGAACGCUGAUCAGCAGAGCAUGAUGGAGGUGACUGUGGACGACUUUGUUCUCUCCGCAGAGGAAGCAAACUCCCUUACCGACUUAGAUACGGCAACGAUACAAGACGAUCCGAAUGGAUUUUGGGACACACCGGCUCAAGUGGCUUCGACGAUGUCCGUGGACCGGGAUGUUGUGGACAUGACCACAGCGGUCCCCUUUUCGGUAACAAUUUCAAGCCAGGAAAAUGCGUUCAUGAUGGAUGAAAACGAAGACGGAAUCCUUGUAGAGGGAGAAGAUGCCGAUGCAUCACCGAUACGAUCCUCAGAUAUGGAAUGGUAAUCUAAUAAAGCAUCGAAGACUUCUGAUCUCAGCCCAGACUAGCAUGCACUCAUUCAUUUUUUACACUUUGAAGUGAUGCAUAUUACUGUAAWAAUAUAUUAAAUAUUGCAUU